UAUCAUACGCGAAAAAUUUCCGCCCCUACACAACUUUCAGAAAGCAGCCCGAAUUAUUAGGGGAAGAGUCGUAUGAACGGCGAACCUCGGCCGCGGCCUAUCGCCUGCACACGAUAACGACGGACGGACAGCGAUCUUGGCAUGGCUUCUCUUACUCUCGCCACUAUCGGUACAAUUCUCAUCGAUAAUAUCCACCACUCUGAUGUAACCGAAAGUCAUCUCGGCGGCGGUGGGCUAUACGCAGCUGUUGGUGCACGCGUGUGGAUACCGCCAGAAACGAUCGGGCUAUCCACCGGCUGCUCCAGGUCGAGUGUACCUCAGAAGUUCCUUAAGGAACUAGACCAGUUUGGUGAAGAAAUGUGGAUAUGGGAUGAGAAAUCGAAGGAAUCGAUGCUCGAAACGGAGAUUGUGUAUGGAGCAGGAACUCGAAGUUUCCGCUACCUUAACCCCCGUCCACUCUUGACAGUUGCCUCCCUCAAUGCUCAAUCAACUAGAUAUCUACACUUCUGCUGCUCACCCGAAGACCUCUCUACUUCUUUGGCGAUCCUUUCGGAACCGCGACCAAAAAUUGUUUAUGAGCCCCUUCCUAUUAACUGUAACCCCGCCAAUCUUGUGACUCUCAAAUCCGUACUCCCUCUGAUUGAUGUGUUCUCGCCCAACCAUGAGGAACUUGAAUUAUUCCUCCAAGAGGGCCGUUCGUCCGCCACGAACGGAGGCAAUAUCGAAUCCCUUGUAUCCGUGUACACGGAAUUUGGCUCAAAGACUAUUGUCGUCCGUGCGGGUGCUCGUGGAUGCUUUAUAACGAACAAAAAUCCCAUGUUAGGUACAUGCACCUCGCGUUGGCUCCCGCCGUAUUGGACGGCAGAAGAGGCGAAGGUGAACGUUCGUGAGACAACGGGCGCCGGGAAUAGUUUUCUUGGAGGUCUCUGUGCUGGCAUGGCUAUGGCGGGGGAUGACGUCUUUAUUGGUGCUGCUUAUGGUUCUGUGUCGGCUUCAUUCGUCGUUCAACAGCCUGGACUGCCUAGUCUUUCUCUAGGAAAUGAGGAAAACUGGAACGGAGAGUGUCCUCAGCAACGGCUGAAGAGAUAUUUUCCGUGAUUAACGCAUUAACGAUAUCUUGCACAGGUGAUCUCAAGAACAAGUAAAAGCGGAUCUUUACCUCUGUACCCGCCUCGAUGAGAGCACUUGCGGGCAUACGCUUAGCUGACGUUGAGACUCGACUCGCAAGAACAUAUUAAAAUAAUAUCCGGCCUAAAACCUGAGAACAAGGCUUCUGGGCAUGAGUCCUGGGCUUCUGGCCGGUCGGUUGAG